CGCCGGCGGGAAAAAACACAUUAGGCGGACGUCGUCAAUGGAAGGCCUCUUCCCCGGUACCGGGCAACGCUGUAGUGUUUGGGUCUGUUGGUACAUAUACCGGCCGCCAUAGUCGUUCGGGUUCUCUUUCGGACAGCCAAGUUAGGGUUAAAGUGGUAGCAACACUGCUACCCACCUUGCCACAGUAUCGGUGCUGAGGCUUGGGCCCAUUUCUCCCUGCUUGACUCAUCUGAAGCUUCUUUCUCCUCUUGUCGAGUCCUUCCAUAUCUGUGUCUUCGUACAACUUCAGAUUGAUCGUCUGACGGCCACUUGUCAGUUAUCCAGUCAGCAGCCAUGGGGUUCAAGGGAACGAAGGCGGAGAAGAAGGCGGCGUACGACAAGAAAUUGUGCGCUCUUCUUGACGAGUACACUCAGGUGUUCGUCUGCCAUGCCGACAAUGUCGGGUCUACUCAGAUGCAGAACAUUCGCCGGGGUUUGCGCCCGGACUCCGUGGUUCUUAUGGGGAAAAACACGAUGAUGAAGCGUUCGAUCAAGAUCCACGCAGAAAAGACGGGAAAUAAGGACGUGCUAGCGCUUCUCGAUCUCCUCGUGGGUAAUGUGGGGUUCAUCUUUACAAAGGGCGAUCUGAAGGAAGUAAGGGAGGAGGUUGCCAAGUACAAGGUUGGUGCUCCCGCCCGUGUCGGGCUUGUUGCGCCUAUCGAUGUUGUGGUGCCCCCAGGCAACACGGGGUUGGAUCCUUCUCAGACUUCCUUUUUCCAGGUGUUGAAUAUCCCCACGAAGAUUAACAAGGGUACCGUCGAAAUUAUUGCGCCUGUGGAGCUGAUCAAGACGGGGCAGAAGGUGGGGUCAUCUGAAGCAGCUCUUUUGUCAAAACUGAAUAUCCGGCCUUUUUCGUACGGGCUUAUCAUUCAGAGAGUCUACGAGAGCGGGGCGGUCUUUGGACCCGAAGUACUUGACCUCACUGAUGACGACCUGAUGGAGAAGGUUAUGCAGGCGAUCUCUACAGUUGCCGCGAUCUCCCUGGCAACGGGUUAUCCGACGCUCGCCUCGCUUCCUCACUCCAUCGUCAACGCGUACAGGAACGUGCUGGCCAUUGCUCUCGCUACGGACUAUUCUUUCCCUCAGGCGGAGUCUAUCAAGGAGUACCUCAAGGAUCCGUCCAAGUUCGCUGCUGCUGCUGGUCCUGCUGUGACUGCUGCAGCGGAGAAGAAGGAAGAAGCUGCCGCUGCGCCUAAGGAGGAGGACAAGAAGGAAGAUUCUGAAGAGGAAGAGGAAGACGGAGGAUUUGGCGGCCUGUUCGACGAUUUUUAGAGAGACAGAGAGAGAGACACAGAGAGAGAGAGAGAGAGAGAGAGAGAGAGAGAGAGAGAGCAGGUAUUGUGGAUGAUUGAGUGUUUGCCUAUUGGUCGGGCUUCAUGCGGCUCAUUAGAAAGUGCGGACAGGGUGAGAGUGGGGGGGGUGGCGGCGUGUUGGGUAUUGGCAGCCGGUUUUCCCCGUCUGGGGGCAAUUGACUGACUUCUUUGUGCAUGUGGCUGUCAUGAUUACAAUUUGAAGUUUGAUUGAUUUCGAAAUAGAGACGACAAAAGGUCGUUGGGCACUCUUGUUGAGUAUCCUGUGCUGAUUUCACUCGUCUUAUGCACGCGUGUUGUAAGUGUAUACAUUGCACCUGGCGCCCUAUUCGUCUCUGCUCGUAACAGUCCAACUCCCUGACGUUUUUCGUUAGCAAACCGGUUCCCAAAAGAGCCCACGUCAAAUGUUCAAAAUGAGAAUGAAUCUUCCGUCAGAAGAUAGAAACAUGCACUGCCAUAAUUUUGUCUUUUGUGCAUUUGGAGAGUAGUGUAGCGAGGCUUGUUGUCCUCUUGUACUUCACCGAAAAGAUCGGACCCUUGUUAGCCGUAUAGCCAGGGUAAACCCUAAACCCUUGUAGAUACGACAAAUGACCUUAUCGUGACACGAGUUUAAAGAUUUGGGAGCGGAAGAAACCUCAUAAAGUAACGAAACGCAGUUUUAUGGAAAUCUGUUAGUUCUCCUGAACGAUUUCUGUAACAGUGAAAAUGAUGCAUAAGGGCAAAACUUUCGAAAUAAUGCAUAGGAAGCACAUGAAUCAGAUACUAUGUGAGAUUCAGCUAUGCACAGGACCUCGAUCUCUCUCUCACACACACACACAGAAUCAAUCAAUCAAUCAAUCAGUUGUAUGUGUGCAUGUGAGUAAAUGAUAGCCUACCUCAGAUGCAUUUCUUAGGUCUUGCAGGCAUGCCAUGCCGCACUCCGGAUUAUCCAGAUGCUUAUGCCGGAUUGAUUGCACUGAGCAGUUUUGGCUCUUAUCUUUCUGCUAUAGGAACUUCAGGCUUUUUUUUGUGGUUGUUUAUAGGGAUUCUCUCUUUUUCUCUCUCCCUCUCUCACACACACACACACGGAGUCCGACGAAACAGUCUGGUACAGUCAGGCUUUUUGUGAGUGUAUAGGGAAUAUGACAACACACGGGCACACACAUACACUGCAGUGGCAGCACGGAUUCUGACGCAAAGCAUUUGCGACUGUUUUGUCUUCUGUUUGUUUGUUUUUUUGGCACUCAUUUGUGUUUGCACACAAUGGAUUUCCUACACUGCGUUACUCCGAUCCCUGUGCAUAUUCGUCAUUACCGUCACCAUCUUCCUGACCAGCGCCUCUCCUUUGUCUGCUCCUGCUGCUGAUCCAUGUGAAGCCUCCAGGCAUCAUCUCACGAUCAGUAUGAAUGCUAUGAUAAUUGCGUGUGGGCAAGGUCUGAGUGCGUGAGGUGUUGACGUUAUCAUCAACAGGCAUCAUAACUCUUGUGCCUAAUCGUCAGGAUCAUCAUCGAAUCAGCACCCCAGGUCAUGAAAAAGUGCUGGUCACACUUGGUAGAAUAGAGGCCCCGAUGUCCAAACACUCGAAACAAAACUUCUUUUUCUUGUACAUACUUAGUCGAGUACGGGAUCCACUCUCUCUUCUUGCGUGGACUGGCUAAAGUCAGGCCUUUGGCUUUCGCCCAUUUCGUUUCCUGAGGUUGCCUGGAAGUCCACGGGGGAAACUGGUCAGUUGGAUCCGGUGAAGCCUAUUCGCCAAAUAGGUAAGAGAAAGCAAGUAGAGUGAGUAAGGUGUGUAUGGGCAACUAUUUGGCACGGUUCGAGGGCACUUGAAAAUUGCGAGCGUGGAGUGACUCCUUUCUAAUAUACAUACCCGGAUUUGAUUUAAUGUCAAUCUAUUAAGACUAGUUCCCAAAGGGGCCAAACACAAUUCCGAGUAUUCGGGUACUGUUGUAGGGCGUAAGAACACGUGAUCCCAUUCG